GCCGGAAGUUGUGAAGCGGCAGCCUAUGCGGCGGCGCGGUGAGAUCGAAAUGGCGACCGAGGGAGACGUGGAGCUCGAGUUAGAGACAGAGACCAGCGGCCCGGAGCGUCCUCCCGAGAAGCCAAGGAAACAUGACAGUGGUGCUGCUGACCUAGAGCGGGUUACCGACUAUGCGGAGGAGAAGGAGAUCCAGAGUUCGAAUCUUGAGACGGCUAUGUCCGUCAUUGGAGACAGACGGUCCAGAGAGCAAAAGGCCAAACAGGAGCGGGAGAAGGAACUGGCGAAGGUCACUAUCAAGAAGGAAGACCUGGAGUUGAUAAUGACAGAAAUGGAGAUCUCUCGAGCAGCAGCAGAAAGGAGCUUGAGGGAACACAUGGGCAAUGUGGUGGAGGCUCUUAUUGCCCUGACCAACUGACAAUGUGCUUUUUUAGGCAUUCUGGACUGAUUUACUGAAAUAAAGUACACUGUUUUGCUGGG